GCAGAAACACAGACACUGAACUUUGGGCCUGAAUGGCUUCGAGCUUUGUCCAGUGGUGGGAGUAUUACGUCCCCUCCUCUUUCUCCAGCUUUGCCGAAGUAUAAAUUAGCCGAUUAUCGCUAUGGCCGAGAAGAGAUGUUAGCACUUUUCCUUAAAGACAACAAGAUACCCUCAGACCUUCUGGAUAAGGAAUUUUUGCCUAUUCUACAGGAGGAACCCCUGCCACCAUUGGCUCUCGUACCCUUCACAGAAGAAGAACAGAGAAACUUUUCCAUGUCUGUAAAUAGUGCUGCUGUCCUGCGAUUGACAGGACGAGGAGGAGGAGGAACAGUGGUGGGGGCUCCUAGAGGUCGAAGUUCUUCAAGAGGGCGAGGCAGAGGUAGAGGUGAAUGUGGUUUUUACCAAAGAAGUUUCGAUGAAGUAGAGGGUGUGUUUGGUCGAGGAGGUGGCAGGGAAAUGCAUAGAUCACAGAGCUGGGAGGAAAGGGGUGACAGACGGUUUGAAAAACCAGGGCGAAAAGACGUAGGGAGACCAAAUUUUGAGGAAAGUGGACCAGCAUCAGUGGGGAGAAAGCAUGAAUUUAUUCGGUCAGAAAGUGAAAACUGGCGAAUCUUUAGAGAAGAACAAAAUGGAGAAGAUGAAGAUGGAGGUUGGCGACUAGCUGGGUCAAGAAGGGAUGGAGAGAGGUGGCGGCCUCACAGUCCUGAUGGCCCUUGUUCUGCAGGCUGGCGGGAACACAUGGAACGACGUCGGAGGUUUGAGUUUGACUUUCGAGAUCGGGAUGAUGAACGGGGCUACCGGAGGGUGCGCUCUGGCAGUGGGAGCAUAGAUGACGACAGGGAUAGCUUGCCUGAAUGGUGCUUAGAGGAUGCUGAAGAAGAAAUGGGCACAUUUGACUCAUCUGGAGCAUUUCUCUCUCUUAAAAAAGUACAGAAAGAACCUAUACCUGAAGAGCAGGAGAUGGACUUCCGGCCUGUGGAGGAAGGGGAGGAGUGCUCUGAUUCUGAGGGUAGCCAUAAUGAAGAGGCCAAAGAACCUGAUAAGACAAAUAAGAAAGAGGGAGAGAAAACAGGUAGAGUAGAAGUUGAAACAAGUGAAGAAACACCCCAUACUUCAUCAUCCUCUGCUAGACCAGGUACUCCUUCAGACCAUCAGCCUCAGGAAGCAUCACAGUUUGAAAGGAAAGAUGAACCCCAAACUGACCAAAUGGAAAAAGCUGAAGAGGAGAUUCGAGUGGAAAGUGGUUUGUCAGCGAAGGUCCCCAACAGGGUGGAGGAAAUGGUUACGGAUAUCCAACAGCCCCUGACACAGCUCCCUCCGGACACAGCCUCUCCUCUUCUCAUACUUCCACCUCCUGUUCCUGCCCCUAGUCCUGCCCUGCAGCCAGUUGAGACACCAGUCAUCGGUGCUCCUGGUAUGGGCAGUGUUUCCACAGAGCCAGAUGAUGAAGAGGGUCUCAAACACUUGGAGCAGCAAGCUGAGAAGAUGGUGGCUUAUCUCCAAGACAGUGCACUAGAUGAUGAGAGACUGACAUCAAAACUGCAAGAGCACAGAGCUAAAGGAGUGUCAAUUCCAAUAUUACAUGAAGCAAUGCAGAAGUGGUAUUACAAAGAUCCUCAGGGAGAAAUUCAAGGUCCCUUCAAUAGUCAGGAGAUGGCCGAGUGGUUUCAGGCAGGCUACUUCACUAUGUCUUUGCUGGUGAAGAGAGCAUGUGAUGAAAGCUUCCAGCCCCUUGGUGACAUCAUGAAAAUGUGGGGAAGGGUUCCCUUCUCGCCAGGCCCAGCUCCCCCUCCUCAUAUGGGUGAAUUGGACCAGGAACGACUGACCAGGCAGCAAGAACUCACAGCCUUGUACCAGAUGCAGCACCUCCAGUACCAACAGUUCUUAAUACAGCAACAAUAUGCACAGGUUUUGGCUCAACAGCAGAAAGCAGCCUUGUCCUCCCAGCAGCAACAACAAUUGGCCCUUCUUCUCCAACAGUUUCAGGCUCUGAAAAUGAGAAUAUCUGAUCAGAACAUCAUUCCCUCAGUAACUAGGUCUGUGUCAGUACCAGAUACUGGCUCUAUCUGGGAGCUCCAGCCAACAGCCUCACAACCUACAGUUUGGGAAGGUGGUAGUGUAUGGGAUCUUCCCCUGGACACCACAGCACCAGCCCCUGCCCUGGAACAACUUCAGCAGCUAGAAAAAGCCAAAGCUGCAAAGCUAGAGCAGGAGAGGAGAGAGGCAGAAAUGAGGGCAAAACGGGAAGAGGAAGAGCGGAAGAGGCAAGAAGAGCUCCGGAGACAGCAAGAGGAAAUUCUUCGGAGGCAACAGGAAGAAGAGAGGAAAAGGAGGGAAGAAGAAGAGCUUGCCCGAAGGAAACAGGAGGAGGCUCUGCGUCGCCAGAGGGAGCAAGAAAUUGCAUUAAGACGACGAGAAGAGGAAGAAAGGCAGCAGCAAGAAGAAGCUCUUAGAAGGCUGGAAGAAAGGAGAAGAGAAGAAGAAGAAAGGCGGAAACAGGAAGAAUUGUUACGCAAACAGGAAGAGGAGGCUGCCAAAUGGGCCCGAGAAGAAGAAGAAGCAGCCCAGCGUCGAUUAGAGGAAAACAGGCUGCGAAUGGAAGAGGAGGCUGCCAGACUCCGGCAUGAGGAGGAGGAGCGGAAGAGGAAAGAGUUGGAGCUGCAGCGGCAGAAGGAGCUGAUGCGCCAGAGGCAGCAGCAGCAAGAGGCCCUACGGAGGCUGCAGCAGCAGCAGCAGCAGCAGCAGCUGGCACAGAUGAAGCUUCCUUCCUCUUCAACGUGGGGCCAGCAGUCUAAUACAACAGCAUGUCAGUCCCAGGCCACACUGUCGUUGGCUGAAAUCCAAAAAUUGGAAGAAGAACGAGAACGGCAGCUUCGAGAAGAGCAAAGGCGCCAGCAGAGGGAAUUGAUGAAAGCCCUUCAGCAACAGCAACAGCAGCAGCAACAGCAGAAGCUCUCAGGUUGGGGGAAUGUGAGCAAACCCGCAGGCACCACAAAGUCUCUUCUGGAGAUCCAGCAGGAAGAGGCCAGGCAGAUGCAGAAGCAGCAGCAGCAGCAGCAGCAGCAGCAGCACCAGCAACCAAACAGAGCCCGGAAUAACACACAUUCCAACCUGCACACCAGCAUUGGGAAUUCUGUUUGGGGCUCUAUAAAUACCGGCCCUCCUAACCAAUGGGCAUCUGACUUAGUCAGUAGUAUCUGGAGUAAUGCUGACACUAAGAACUCCAACAUGGGAUUCUGGGACGAUGCAGUGAAAGAGGUGGGACCUAGGAAUUCAACAAAUAAAAAUAAAAACAACACCAGUCUCAGUAAAUCUGUAGGUGUGUCUAACCGGCAAAAUAAGAAAGUAGAAGAAGAAGAAAAGUUGCUGAAGCUGUUUCAGGGAGUAAAUAAAGCCCAAGAUGGAUUUACCCAAUGGUGUGAACAGAUGCUUCAUGCCCUUAAUACAGCAAAUAACUUGGAUGUUCCCACAUUUGUUUCUUUCCUGAAAGAAGUAGAAUCUCCUUAUGAGGUCCAUGAUUAUAUCAGGGCCUAUCUAGGAGAUACUUCUGAGGCCAAGGAGUUUGCCAAGCAGUUCCUUGAGCGCCGUGCCAAACAGAAAGCCAACCAGCAGCGUCAGCAGCAGCAGCAGCAGCAGCAGCAGCAGCAGCAACAGCAGCAGCAGCAGCAGCAACAGCAGCAGCAGCAGCAGCAGCAGCAGCAACAGCAGGAUUCUGUGUGGGGGAUGAACCACAGCACACUCCAUUCAGUAUUUCAGACCAAUCAGAGUAACAACCAACAAUCCAAUUUUGAAGCUGUGCAAAGUGGCAAGAAGAAGAAAAAACAGAAGAUGGUCCGAGCAGAUCCCAGUUUACUAGGGUUUUCAGUCAAUGCAUCAUCGGAACGGCUCAACAUGGGUGAAAUUGAGACUCUGGAUGACUACUGAAGCACCCGUCACUGCACUCGCCUUCCACCUCCUGUCUGCCAGCCGUGGAAUCUCCGCCUCUGGACGCAACACGCACUCACCAUUUAUUCUUUAUCACUCUGCAACAAAUCACACAACCGAUCAUCUCAGGCUUUUUCUUCCUGCCCUUUGUGUCCACAGUUCUUUAAACCAUUUUUGUUGGUGAGCAUCUCAGACUGUACAUAGUGGACCAGACCCUGCGUCUCGGGGGUGGCAGGUGGGAUCGCUCCCCAACAAGGCUGAUUUGUGGCAGCACGUGUUCACUGUGCCGUGAUUUCAUCUACUGUCUCCCAGGAAGUGUGUCGGGAUCUGCCAGUAGUAACUUACUUUCUGUUGUCCCAUUUUUUCCUUCUCUUUUGUUUUUUCUUCUUUUUUCCCCUCAUAAGGGCAAAGAGGUAUAACUGGUGCAAUCAUGAAGAGAGUUAAUGGUUGACAGACAUUGGCCAGCAACAAAGUGCCCCUGGACUGUGACUCAAGUGUCCGACAGACAGGCAGAACUCUGUAGUCUGGAGGCUGCACUGCCACUGCUAACUUCGGGAUUGCAUCACAGAGGCCCUGAGUGGGUGGAGUUGAGGUUGGAUUGGUUUGAUGUUGCACACCCUUCACCUGUUCUGAGCAUCCUUUCAGAGAAAGGAUUCAGGUUUUUCCUCAUUAGAUAGUGACUUCUGAGCAAGCUGGCUUCUCCUUGGCAUACUCCAACUUGAUUGGACAACGGAUACCUUGUGGCCAGGGAGAGAAACUUACUCUUAAUUUUUCUUUCUUAUAAAAAUGGAUUUUUUUUUCCCAUAAAUAUUUUUACUUCAGAGUACUAGGACCAGUUUGUUUUGGGCCCUUCUGCUGAAAAUUUGUCUCGUUUAAGAGGCACCUAGGAUCUUUACCAUAUGUAUGAAUUUGUAUAAUUUCAUUUUGGAUAGGGAUAAACUUGCUUCCGAUAAAAGCCCGGAAUUUCAUCUGGUUCCUCAGAGUAUUGCGUGUGUGUCUUGCUGUGGCCCCGACAAGGUUUUGUGUACAGAUUCUGGGAUGGCAAGUUGCUUGCCCUUUCUGAAAAGAGCGUACAAAACCUGCCCGUCUCUGAGCCCUCCUUCUGUGGAAACCACUUCCAGAGGCGGCGGUGGGAUGGAGUAGGUGGGCAAGGCUGGGCAGAGAAAGCUGCUUCUGGCUGCGGCUCCUGUGCCCUUUCACUUCAAGUAGAAAUGUAGUCAGCUCUAUUUAUAAACACAUCCUCCUCCUGCUUCCGCCAGACCCCACAGCCCUUCCCUGGAUGGCUGCUUGCCCCCUCACCCCUUGGAGGGAGCCCUGCACAGGGGCUGUGCUGCAGGAGGAGCGGUGUGGAGGUGAGCAGGCAGCUCCAGGGCUCCAGCUCUGGGGUGAAGCGCGCUCCCUUUCUGUCAUCAGUGUCUGGAGAAGGCUAGAGUUGCUCUGAGAGCAGUUUGGUUGGGAGGAUUGUAUUUGGUUUCUGUUUUUAUUAUUUUGAAUCAUCAUUCUCCCUAUCCCUUCUCGCCUCCGACCUCCCUCCUAAAUGUGUACAAUAACUAUACAGAGACUGCUACAAACUUGUAUAUAGUUUUUGGAUCAAAUAGCAUGAGGAGAUGGGGAACCAGUAAAAUUUGGAACUCCUCCUCUCCUUUGCUUUGUAAAUUCAAAAGUGGGGGGUGGGGAAGAGGGAUAGUUAAAAUGUUUACAAAACUUUAAGCUCCCUCGGAACUUUUGCCAGUGUGGAGGAAAAUAAAAAAGAACUUAAAUAAGA